AGUUUAGUGGGGAGUUGACAGAAUAACCGAAGGCUGAAGACGAUGAACAACAAGGAAGACAUUUUCUACGAUGAAUGGGAUGACGCCAUGCUCGACGAGGUGUUUAAAGUCGAAGAGACUACCCUUUCAUCAAUCACAAAACCACCCUCCAACUCUUCUUUUUCUUCCUUCUUCCCUCAACAAUCGCAUCCUCCUACGUCCGUCUCCGUUCCUUUCUUCCACGCUUCUUCCUUCUCUCCUCCGCGAGAACUCUCUCAGAGAUCCACCGCUGAAACCCCCUAUUCCCCUUCCAAUAAAGACCUCGAAAUUGAGCGGUUAAAGAGGGAACUGGGGCGUGCAUCAAAGGAGAUUGCAAAUCUGGAAAAGGAGUGUCUCAAGUUAAGGAAAGAAAGAGACAAGAAAGAAGAUCAUGCCAAAUUCAUAUCUUCCAGGAAUGAAGAAGAUAAUGCUUGUACUAAAUGUUCAAAGAGUAUAAACAAGGAUUUUGGAACUCUUGCUCCCGACAACCAUAAAAUCUCUUCAAAAUUUCAAAAUGGAGUAUCUUCAAAUAACCCAACUGUUGAAACAACUUUUAAAGCUAAAGGAGUUGAAACAAACAUGGUUAAUCAUCAAGAUUAUCUAAGUGGUGAUCCGGCUGCUUAUCUUGACCUCUCCCAGAAAUUGUUGGCAAUAUGGGGAUCUCCAACUGACAAAAAGAUGGGAAGUAAUGCAAUAUCCAAGUUGCUUGCUGGUUGUCAAAGAGAUUUUCAUAUUCUUUUUGGCUGCAUGAACAUGAGUCUGCCCUCCGAAAUAACAAGAGAGUUAUUUACAAAUUUAAGCUCUUCAGGAGAAGCUUUGCAUUAUCUAAAGGAUUGUUUUCAUACUCCAGAAGCAGUGAAGGUGUCACAUCUUUACCUUGCUUUGACAAAGAUAGCUGAUGGAACAGAUGUGUUGGAAACUUUGAUUGACCCGUUGCUUGAUCUAUGUGGUACGGAAAAUGUUAUCAUUGUCCAUAGCUCUUUAUGUGUUCUGCAUAUGCUUUUGAAGCUCCUAAUGGAAUUGGAAAAGAAUUUUGGACGAAGGGACAAUGUCUUCAUUGAAGGAGUCUGUGUUGAGAAGGACCUUGUGGAUUCUGAUGGAUUGGAAGGUGUAAAAGAUGGAAAGCUUUUCAACGAAGGAAUACUAAGCAGAAAAGAGUGCUGGAACCAUCAAAUUUCCUUACAAACUCGUGUAAAUUGGAUUGGUCUUUUUGAGAUAAUGCAUCAAAUUGCCACGAGGAUCAUAGAAGAAAGUGUGAGAGUUGAGACAGUUUCUAUUAUGAAGCUACUCCUCCUGAGAUGUAAUGCUUACUUUGAGAGGGAGCAGUUUAGCAAGAAAACAGUUUUUAAAACUAUUUGUGAGUUGCUUAAGAAGGAUGCUGGGCUACCUGUUAAAAAGCAUGCUCUACGACUUCUGUACCUAGUUCUAAAUUGUCCAAAACUGUUGGUCACUUUCUGCUGUGGUUGCAAAGAGGGGGAUGAUAGCAGUGCUAUGAAUGACAAUGAAUCUGCUUCAGAUUUCCAAAAUUUUAAAGUCAUCCUUGAAGGACUGGCUGAUUGUGUAGCAUCUCAUAGAGGUGGUUUACUGCUAAACCACUGUUAUCAGCCACACACAGCUAUGGGUUAUCUUGUGCAUUUUUCUCCCAUGUGGAAAUGUUCAACAAAAUACCUCAAGCAGUUAAUCAGCCACACUCCUACAGCUAUCAAUUACCAUUUGAUUUACUGUUGCCUGUGGAAGGAUGUAGCAAAGGAGUUGAAAGUAAGCAGAAGUGCUAUUCUUGUGCUGGCAUUCCUGGCAUCAUCCGGACAACAGGGCUUUGAAAUUCUUGUUGGUCAUAGGCUCUCUAGUAGCGGGGUAAACUAUCUUAUGUUGAUUUUGCAAUUACUGGUAUCAGAGAUGGACCUUGAAGCUGGAGCAAAUGAGGAGCUGCCAGAAAUUUUCAGGGAGAGGACAUUUCUGAUACGGGAGAUACUGAUAUUACUUAACAGACUAGUGUCUAGUCCUUCAUAUUCUGCCACCGUCUUGCGGAGUCUAACGAACACUAGGGAUAUGGCUGGGUUGACAAUUGAUGUUGCAAGCAGAUUAUCUCGGAAAGGAAAGAAAAAUGAGGAGCAAGACAAUAUGGCAAAACAUAUAAGAGAAAUCGAAAUCGUUGACCUUGCUCUCCUAUUCAAGAAAAGGGUAUUCACAUAUUUAGGUGAUGGCUUAUCAUGAAAGCGUCCUCUUUGUUAAAAGGGUAUUCACAUUUAUGCAUGCAUGCACGUAUGCAUGUAUCAUUCUACUCAGGUUGGAGGAACUGAUACUGAAAUGGUGCCGAGUAGAUAGGCAGCAAAGGCACGCUAAUCUUUUAUGACGAGUUUUAGCAAUCGUGCCUGGGAAUAUUUUGGUUGGCUCGAGAAAUAUAUCUUUUAUUCAAAAUU